CCCACCCACCCACCAAUCCCGUCCCCAUCACCGCUACCUUCUUCCUCCACCCCGAAACCACACGACGCUACCUCCUCCCACCUCCCUCCGUCGCCGGCCAGCGCGCCUACAGGAUCCCCACGGCAACCCCACCUCCUUCCCAGCCUCGUCCAAGCCCCCUGCCGCCCUACCUACCUCGCGCCUUGCCCCCACCUUCCUCCCUCCCAGCCUCGUCCAAACCCCCUGCCGCCCCACCUACCUCGCGCCUUGCCCCCACCUUCCUCCCUCCCAGCUCUCGAGCAUACCUCCCCAUGGCACUUCACCGGCUGCAGGUGGCCUCCGCGCCCCAUAUCGCGCGGAUCUAGCAUGCCCUGCAACCGGCGGCCUUCCACCAAAAGCACCGGAUCCACCGACACGGGCUCUUGCACUACCGUGAAAGAAGCGGAUCCUCCCCUCGUCCUCGACCCGAGCAGCAACACGGAGGUGUUCUUGCGCCGCCCCGUGCGUACCUCCCUUCCCCAGCCCAGAUCCGCCUCCAAGGCGGCCGGAUCCGCCCGAAUGGCGCGCGGCACGGCCACUACCUACCCCCAGUGCGACCUUCUCCCUCCUCAUGAGCUCAACCCCUCCCCAAAUUAUUCUCUGCGGCAGCCUACCUUGCAUGGCUUUCCUCGGCAGCCGUCGCACCAAUUCGCUAGCGCAAGGGCGCGUGCAGUUCUGCCCGCGGGGCGAGCAGUGCACUUGGCUCGUCCCUAUGAAACAGUAGUGACCUUCUCCCUACGACGGGGCGAGGAGAUCCGGCGGUCUCCGACUGUGGUCGAGGCCGUGGCCACCACACGCGUCAACAAUAGCGAGAUUCCACCCCUUGGAUGCACUGCAGUUCAGUUUUGGUGGGCGCCGCUGUCCUCUGACAGGCGUGUGUGCAGUGCGGUCCGGUGGCGGGGUAGCCACCACUGGACUCCGGCGGUCCUCUUCCCGUCACAUGAGUUGGGGCGUCCGUGCAGUGCGCAAGAACUUGAGGAUGAUUGACACGCCCUUCGGCAGGAGGUUCGCCAAUUGGAUUGUUGCUACAAUUUUCUGGAUUGUUGCUGCAGUUUACUUGGUGUGGACAGGAGGUUCUCCAGCUGGCUCAUGCAGCGAGCAGUGCAGGUUGCUCUUCACUGCAGGUCGGUUGGACCAUUGGUGCAGUACCCACUGUUUUUGCUGUUGCUCACACACAUCACCGGUGGUUCACCGGAGCACCCCGUCGCAGCUCUCUCCUUCCCCAACAUGCAGUUCACCGGCGACGGCCUUCAGUUCGUUUUGGUUGCUGUCGAUGCCAUCCCCACUGUAGUACAGUGUAUGUGCGUGUUUUGCGUGGUAUCCGGCUGGGGGCCUAUGUUCCUUUACAAUGUAAAAAAUAGCAUGAAAAUGAAGUGCACUUCUGUUGUAUCCAAGUUUCAGUUCUCCCUUAAUAUGAAGGAAAUAUGUCCUAGAGGCAAUAAUAAAAUUAUUAUUUAUUUUCUUA